CGCUGCGUGUGCGGAGCUGUCCACUCCGCUGUGGUGCUGAAGACAGGAUAACAGUGUACACUUUGACCAAGGGAACAUAUCUCUGCGAACGGAAUACGUCCAUCUGGCUGCUAACUUCGCUAUACGGAUUUGUGCGUGACAAGGACUUCGUGUUGAAAGAGAGGAAACAGCGUUUAAACACACACACACACACACACACACAUCCCGCAUCAGCUUGCACACUCGAGAUUUUUUUUUCCUCGAGAUUCCUUCCGAUGACCUGCAUUUGGACACACAGGAAAGAGCCAAUGAGAGGCUCCGGAAGUUACUGGAUGGCUGUCCUGCUCUUCGGCAGCGUCCUCUCUGUAGAGGCUCGGCCCAGCUCGGAUACGCUCACUCCUCCAGACUAUCGACCGCUUGUUAGAUUCCGACACAAGCAGGAUGGAAUCCCGGGGAGUUUUCAGAUUAAGGGCUUGUAUGGUCCUAACAGCUUCGAAAAUGCCUGUAAGCAUAAGUACUGUGGUCUGGGGAAGCACUGUGUGGUUGACCAUGUGAGCGGUCAGGGAGAGUGCCAGUGUCUGGAUCGCUGCAAGCCGCACUACAAACCAGUCUGUGGAUCUAAUGGGAAAUUCUACCAGAACCACUGUGAGCUGCACCGAGCCUCGUGUCUGGCCCAUCAAAGAAUCACCAUUGUUCACAGCGAAGAAUGUUUCUACAAAGAUGAUAACUGUCGCCUGGUUGAUUACAAGAAACUGAACAGCAAGGUGUUGAACCUUCAUGCCCUUCGUUUCCUACCACCAGGAUCCCAGGCCAGCUAUGAGAAGGAUAUGGCAACCAGGAAACAUGUAGUGGACCUGAUGUUCAAGCGCUUCGAUGCUGAUGGGAGUGGACUAGUGGACAGCAGUGAGCUUUCACAGGUCAUCAAACAAGAAGGUUUCAGAAACACAGCAUCUGAGUGCACGCUGUUUGACCUGCUCAAAUACAACGACAUGGACGAUGACGAGCAUCUGAGGAAGGAUGAGUUCUACUCCGCGUUUGAUGUCUACGAGCUGAGCCUCGCUGAGGAGCAGAAGCUGGUCGUCACUACGGUCACCGUGGGUCAGAGCGUCGUACUGACGUGUGGCAUCACGGGCGAGAGGCGACCGCCAAUCAUCUGGAGGCGCAAUAACCACACGCUCAACACGCUACAGCUGGAGGAUAUCAGUGAUUUCGGUGAUGAUGGAAGUCUGUACAUCACCAAGGUGACCACCACUCACAUGGGGAACUACACCUGCCACGCUGACGGAUACGAGCAGCUUUUCCAGACACACACCUUGCAAGUGAAUGUUCCUCCUGUUAUCCGGGUGUAUCCAGAGAGUCAGGCACGUGAACCCGGAGUCACGGCCAGUCUGAGGUGUCACGCCGAGGGGAUCCCUGACCCACAGCUGUCCUGGUUGAAGAACGGCAUGGACAUCUCUACUAAACUGUCCAAACAGCUCACACUACAAGCUAAUGGGAGCGAAGUGCACAUCAGUAACGUCCACUUCGAGGACACCGGAGCGUACACCUGCAUCGCCCGGAACGAAGCCGGUGUGGAUGAGGACAUCUCGUCUCUGUUCGUAGAGGAUUCUGCACGCAAGUCAUUGGCAAACAUACUGUGGAGAGAGGAAGGUCUGGGGAUUGGGAACAUGUUUUAUGUUUUCUAUGAAGACGGCAUCAAAGUGAUCCAGCCAGUGGCCUGUGAGAUCCAGAGACACAUCAAACCCAGUGAGAAGCUCCUCAGCCUGCAGGAGGAAGUUUGCCCAAAAAUUGAGGGAGAAGAGAUCCAGAAGUGUGUUUGGGCUUCAGCGGUGAACGUGAAGGAUAAGUUUAUAUACGUCACUCAGCCAAUGCUGAACAGAGUUCUCAUCGUAGAUAUCCAAACCCAGAAGGCUGUUCAGACUGUGAGCACAGACCGAGUCCCAGUGAAGCUCCAUUACGAUAAAUCACAUGACCAAGUGUGGGUUCUAAGCUGGGGGGAUCUGGAGAAGAACUUCCCUACACUCCAGGUGAUCAAGCAGGCUAGUGGUGCUACGUCCCACCACACCAUCCACACCCCACCGGUGGGCCACCGAUUCGACCGCGUGGACGAUUUCUUCAUCCCUCCGUCAAGCCUUAUCAUUAACCAUAUCAGGUUCGGAAUGGUCCUCCAUAAGAAGGAGCCAGCACUGCAUAAGAUAGACCUGGAGACCACGGCUUAUGUGAAGAACAUCAGCUUGCAGGAGUAUGACUGCAUUCCACAGUCCCUGGCCUACACACACUUGGGAGGUUACUAUUUUAUCAACUGCCAUCCAGACUCGACCGGUGCUGUGCGCCCUCAGCUUAUCGUCGAUAGUGUAACAGACAACGUAAUUGGGCCUAAUGGUGAUGUUAGUGGUACACCUUAUGUCUCACCUGAUGGCCACUACAUAGUGAGCGUGGACGACCAAAACGGCAUGAUGCGCCUGCAGUCCAUUUCGGUUCGCGGUGAAAUCGGGCGACCCUUCGACAUCCACACCAACCUGCACCUCUCAGACCUGGCCUUUAUGCCCUCGUUCACCGAGAUCCACCAAUACAACGUGUUCGGAAGCUCGGGCCAGCAAACAGACGCCCUGUACGUAGAGCUCAGCACCGGCAACGUCAAAAUGAUCAAGAGUCUGAAGCUGCCCACACCAUGGAGUCAGUGGCGCUGGAACCGCAAGAAUCGCGUCAUGACCUCGAGCGGCCUCUUCGGACAGUACCUCAUGACCCCUUCCCAGAGUUCGCUGUUCAUUCUGGACGGAUGGCUGGACAAGCUCAACUGCGAAAUCACUGAUGUGCCCAAGGGGAACACUGUGGUGUGGGUGGGGGAAGCCUAGGCCAUCAAAAGAGGCUUUUGUGUCAAAACCAACAAAUACAAUUGCACUGAAUUUGGUCUGUGUUUAAUUUAUUGAGAGAGAAUCUCAAGUAAUGUGGAAAAAAAAUACCAAAUUGACUGUUCUAAAACACUGUAUCGGAUAAGGGAACUUUAUUCUAAAGUAGAGUGGCAAGUAUAUGCUUGUUUUUGUACGCACUGGGUAUGUGAAAUAGCUCACUGUUAGUUACUCCUUAAUUAGAUCCAAUUAGCCCUAGCAUCUAACAGAAUUUAUUGCAAGAGCAUUUCAUUUUCAGGCACAAUGAUAGCUAUGAAUAUAUUCAACCAAUCAAUUUAAAUGAUAGCAAAAUCAUUAUAUUUCUUGGGAAAAUUUACAUCGAGGCGACUAUAGGUUUAUUCUAAACACUUUCAAAUUAUUUUCUCUUCCUAUCCCCUCCUGUCCUCGUCCUUCAAACACAAUCACAUACAUGUUUGGGCCCACAAUAUUUCCUGUGCCUUGUACUCAUGAACAAAAAUAUAUAUAUAUAUCAAAGUAACGGCUCCAUUUCGGACAGCGGAUAUCGUCCUACGUGAAUUUCCUGUGAAGAGCGAAAGAAGCCAAUAACACUUAAAUUCCAUUUCAAACCCCUCAGCUUUUAUAUCUAAUUAAAUCGGGCACCUGCUGUGAGACGUCAAACCCGAGACAUCCGUUAUAAAAUCGGCACGACAUAUUUAAAUCUCUAAAUUAAGAUUUUGGACAUCAUAGGGACUUGGUGAAGAAUCUGCAGUUUCAGGUUUAAAGCUACGUCAUGGUUCAUUUUAGACUUAAAAAGGCAUAUAAAAGAAAAUCCCUUAAUGCUGGUGAGUGAUUUAUUUAUAUUACUGGCUCAUUAAAAAAAAAAAAAAGAUAGAUGAUUAUUUCUUGGCAGGAAGUAUCGUGUUUGCCGAGUUAAGGGACAGGCAAAGAAAACAACAGCUGUUUUUGGGCUUCGGAGUCGGUUUUCGAUAAAUUCUACAGUGUGUAAUUCGGUGUAGUGUGUUUGGUUAGACGAGCUUUGUACGUCACGGGUACAUCGGAGUGGAGAUUUGACAGAUUGAACAAAUCCUCGAGACAAGCAGAUAAACCUCCUUAGUGUAGUGAACAGGAAGCACAAAGAUGUGUGUGCACGUGAUGUUGAAUUUUCUCCUCGAUGGCCAGAGUCUAUGCAUUUUCACUGACACUCAAACCAGGAGGCUGUGCUUGGCUUGAGCGUUCGUCACCUUGUUUAUUCUACAUGUGCUUGAGUAAUUGGACUUCUCCCCCCCCUGUGUAUUUAAGCUUAAAUCUUUUUUUUAUAUCGGUUCUGCUUUUAAGGGCGUUUUCACACUUGGCCUGAGCAUGGGGCCAGUUUUGGGUCUACACAAAUUCCCAGAAUUCCUUUCGGAAUUGUGGAUCGUUGGCCCAGUUCCAUGCAUCAGGCAGGUUUGGUAGACAAAAUGGUAGAAACUAGGUACAUCUAGUUGCUGUUUUGUUGUUAGUAUCUACACAUAAUCUGCAGAGAAUAGCGUUGUUUGGCUGCAUUGUCCAAAUAAGGAGCCAUUUCUAUAAUGACCAUAAAAACCCACUUCCAGGCCAUCGCCAACCUUGAAACAGGAAGUAACGUGGCAAGUUAAACCAGGCUACUUAGCAUAGUGUGCACAGUGGAGAGCGGUUAACUUCCACGCUCGAUGUGGGCCGCGCUAUAGUUUGGUGGAAGCGAAGGCUACCAUUUUCAACACAUCUUAAAGACAGCAUUCACACUCCACCAAGUGUGAAAACAACCUAACAGAAUAUCAGGCCACACCUUAUUUUUAUUAUUGUACACAGACAGAAAUUUUCUUUUCUGUGGCUUAGUUUUUGCGUUCUGUACAUAGCAGAAAGCUAUAUGUGCCGUAGUUUCCUUCAAGUCAUCCUCAUACGCUUCUGAACUCUGCACUCCUCUUUUUUAAAGCAUUGUCUUUUGAUCCACAGAACGAAACAAACGAGUCCAUUUUCUGAUGUCCUAUCCAGACAUUUCAGCUCCAUGUAGCCAUGUAUAUUGAUUUUGUGUGCUUGUUAUUUAUGUAGAUAAAUCAUGCUUGACAUUUUACCAGCUAAAUAAAGCCUAUAACUUUAA